UAGCGUAAGUUACCAUGGCGACGAAACCCGCUAAAAACCAACCCACCUUCUUGAAACCGGCUUCGUGCUACAAGCCACUGGUCUCCGUACAAAAGUUUCCACUUUUUGGUUCUUUGUAAAGUUUCACAAUGAUGUCAAAACAUGUAGGCCUAAGUAGUAUGGAAUAACCCAGAUAAUUACACUUAAUACCUUAACCUUCAUCUGUUCUUUUGUGAUCUACUCAGGGGCGUAGCCAUCAUUUCAGAAGUUCAUCAUUUCAGAAAUAUAUACAUACAUACAUACAUAUAAUACGUCCCCCGCGUACGCCCAUAGAGCUACUUGAUUGUUUGGGGUCCCAGACACCAUAUGAUGUAGUUUUACUAAAACUUGUAUUUUCCGUUUCAAAUGUUUAAAACCUUUUCUGACCUAACUGCAACACAGCAGACAUAUAAUUGAAGGUUUUACCAAUUCUGGCCCCAAUAAAAACAUGUUGCUGAAUACAAAUCCAAACAGACAAGUACUUACAGUCUGAGAACCAAAAAGGGAAUCUUAUUGUUAAACAUUCAAAGCCUAUUAUUCAUUUUUAUUGUGUAAGUAAAAUGUCUGCCUUGUAUUUUAAGUAUUUUGGGGGCUAUUAAUAAAGGAAAUGGUCUCUCGGUGAAUUUCGUCACAGGUUUGCCAAAUAUGACGUUAGUUCAUGUUUCCUGGUGUGAGGGUGUUGAGGGUAAAGUAAACGUGAAUAUAGUGCCGUAGUUUGAGUACGUACUCGGUGUGGCAGUGAGUCAGGGACCAGACACACAUCAACCAUGUUGCAGCUGAAAUGGUUAUUCUCCGUUGUAUAUCUUCUCUCGCGGUGCUCUGUGUGUGAGGCUUAUGUGGUCAGGCGGUCCGGCAAGGCAGAAUCAUCGGAGUCUUUCUCAGGAUUUCUCUCUGACCACCCUUUUAACAGCCUGUCAGGUUCCUGCAAAAACAGGUGCUUUGAACUAGUGGAAAGUGAACCCCCAAACUGUCGCUGUGACAACCUGUGUAAAACACACAAUACUUGUUGCUCAGACUUUGAUGAGCACUGCCUGAAAACAGUGGGUGGCUUUGAGUGCAGUAAAGAGCGCUGUGGUGAAACUCGUAAUGAACAGCAUGCCUGUCACUGCUCAGAGGACUGCAUUGCCAAAGGAGACUGCUGUACCAACUACAGGUCUCUCUGCAAAGGUGAUGUUCCCUGGUUGCAGGAAGAGUGUGAAGAGAUUAAAAACCACGAGUGUCCAGCCGGGUUUGUUCGGCCGCCUGUCAUCAUGCUGUCUGUUGAUGGCUUUCGUGCAUCUUACAUGAAAAGAGGAAGCAUGGUGAUCCCCAAUAUCGAGAAACUCAGAUCAUGUGGAACACAUGCACCAUACAUGAGACCUGUGUACCCCACCAAAACCUACCCAAAUUUGUAUACAAUUACAACAGGGCUUUAUCCUGAGUCGCAUGGAAUUGUGGGUAACUCCAUGCAUGAUCCUGGCUUUGAUGCCAACUUUAACAUUCGAGGGAAAGAAAAGCUCAACCAUCGAUGGUGGGGAGGACAACCUAUCUGGAUAACAGCAGUGAAACAAGGAAUAAAGGCUGGUACAUUUUUCUGGCCAGUUGUCAUUCCAUUGGAAAGGAGAGUUCUGACCAUGUUGCAGUGGCUUCACCUUCCGGAUGCGGAGAGGCCAUAUGUUUAUGCAAUGCAUUCUGAACAGCUGGAUUCCUAUGGCCACAAACUAGGACCCCACAGCACUGAGCUUGACAGUGCACUGAAGGACAUUGAUAAGGUGAUUGGACAGCUAAUGAAUGGCCUGAAACAGAUGAAACUGCACCGUUGUGUCAAUAUCAUCUUGGUUGGAGACCAUGGCAUGGAGGAAGCUCAUUGUGACCGCACAGAGUUCCUGAGCUCUUACAUGUCCAACACUGAGGACAUCAUCCUAAUUCCUGGGUCACUGGGAAGAAUCCGAGCCCGAAAUCCAAACAACUCUAAAUAUGAUGCAAAAGCAGUUGUAGCAAACCUUACGUGUAAAAAGCCAGACCAGCACUUCAAACCAUACUUGAAGCAGCAUCUUCCCAAACGUUUGCAUUAUGCCAACAACCACAGAAUUGAGGAGGUUCACUUGAUGGUUGAGAGGAAAUGGCACAUCGCACGGAAGUUCUAUGAAUCAAAAAGGAAUCAUGGGAAAUGUGGGUUUGCUGGUGAUCACGGAUAUGACAAUAAAAUCAACAGCAUGCAGACCAUUUUCCUUGGAUAUGGACCAUCUUUCAAAUUCAAAACAAAAAUUCCACCAUUUGAGAAUAUUGAGCUUUAUAAUGUCAUGUGUGAUCUCCUUGGCUUGAAGCCUGCCCCUAAUAAUGGUACCCAUGGUAGCCUUAACCAGCUCUUGAGGGCCCCUGUACACAUACCCAGCAUGCCUGAAGAAGUGUCCAAGCCAAACCCUGCAGGACCAGUCACAGCUCUUAAUGAUGACCUGGGCUGCACCUGUGAAGACAAGAACAAAGUGGAAGAGCUCAAUCAACGACUGAGACAAGUUAUUGAUGACAACAAAAAUCUUCCUUACGGUCGGCCAGCAGUCAUGAUCCUCACCAAAUACUACAUCCUUCAUCAUAAUGACUACAUUAGUGGUUACAGUGAAGCUUUGUCCAUGCCUCUCUGGACGUCUUAUACUGUAUCUAAGCAGGUAGAUUUCACUCCUCUGACUGAGGCUCUGAGCAACUGUGUUCGGCCUGAUAUUAGAGUUCCUACAGUCUACAGUCAGUCCUGCUCAAACUACCGUGCAGACAAACAGAUCUCCUACAGCUUCCUCUAUCCACCUCAGUUGUCCUCCUCUCAGGGAGUGAGAUAUGAUGCUGUUCUCAUUACCAACACUGUACCAAUGUAUCCAGCAUUCAAACGUGUGUGGGGUUAUUUUCAGAAAUCACUUGUGAGACGUUAUGCUAGUGAGAGAAAUGGAGUGAAUGUGGUUGUUGGACCCAUCUUCGACUAUGACUACAAUGGUCUUAGGGAUUCAGCAGAGACAAUAAAACAGUAUGUCAGUGGCUAUGUGCAAAUCCCAAGUCAUUACUACAUUGUGGUUACAAGUUGUCUGGAUUACACACAGAGUGUUGACUCCUGUGUUGGUCCUCUCAGUGUGUUCUCUUUCAUCCUUCCACACCGAUCAGAUAAUGAUGAAAGCUGUAAUAGUUCAGAGGACGAGACAAAGUGGGUCGAGGAACUGAUAAAGACACACACAGCACGUAUAAGAGACGUGGAGUUACUUACAGGACUGGACUUUUAUCGCCGCACUAGCAGGACCUAUGAGGAGAUCCUCUCUUUAAAAACGUACUUACACACAUAUGAGAGUGAGAUCUAAACCACUGCAUCCCCGCAUUAGCAUUCCCUCCAUCUUAACUGUCGGGAUGCAGAAGUAAGGUGUAUAUUUUUUAAUAUACUUAUUUUGUAUAACUUAUUUAUUGUUCUUUCAUUUCUAAUCCUUAAGUGGUUUUUUUUAACAUUCUCCUCCUUAAUGACAGUGACUUAUAUG